CUGUCAGAGCAGGGCGAGUGUCAGACAACCUCUGGAUACUCUUUAACUUGUCUUUCUGUGCCAGGAUGUCUCUCCUUUGGGUUGUCCUCUCUCACGUCCUAAGCUGGACGGGCCUCUGUCAGCUCCUGUCUGUGGCCGGCACAGGACUCGGAGCUGUCGCUGCAGUUUGGACGGUGAGGCUGUUGGGGCGACACGCCUGGUACACAUACAGACUGUCCUGCUUCAGCAAGCCACAUGCAACUUCCUGGCUUUUGGGCCACCUGGGCCAGAUGCAGAGCACAGAAGAAGGUCUCCUGCAGGUGGAUGACUUGGUGCGGAUGUACACGCACUCUUGCAGCUGGUUCAUCGGCCCUUUCUAUCACCUGGUCAGACUCUUCCACCCUGACUACGUCAAACCUCUGCUCAUGGCACCUGCCAGCAUCACAGUGAAAGAUGAGCUCAUCUAUGGCCAUCUGCGUCCAUGGCUUGGACAGAGCCUGCUGCUGCUCAAUGGGGAGGAGUGGUCUCACAGGAGACGGCUGCUGACUCCAGCUUUCCAUUUUGAUAUUCUGAAGAACUACAUUGCAAAGUUUAACAGCGCAACUAACACCAUGCACGUAAGACACCGAGCACUGUGCAUGUGCGAGCAGAGAGAUGUUAAUAUGUUGAUCUUAUGUUGCACACAGCCUUUACUAUCUGUAAGAGUAACUGCAUGUGGGUGUUGGAUUUGUUCUGUCUUUCAGGACAAGUGGUGCGACCUUGCAGCAAAAGGCACGACAAACAUAGAGAUGUUUGACCACGUCACUCUGAUGACGCUGGACAGUUUACUGAAAUGUGCCUUUAGCUACAACAGCAACUGUCAGAGGUCCACCAGCGAGUACGUGUCAGCCAUAGUGGAGCUAAGUGAGCUGAUAAUAGAUCGUCGGCAGAAGAUUUUGCACCACUGGGACUGUAUUUACUGGAGAACACAGCAGGGAAAACGAUUCAGAAAGGCCUUAAGCAUUGUGCAGAGGUUCACCAGGAAGGUGGUUCAGAAGCGCCGAGCCCUGAUCAGCCACCAGAAGACAGAAACAGAUUUCACCAAAGCACCACAGAGAAAGAAAGAUUUUGUGGACAUCAUACUGCUGUCAAAGGACGAGGAGGGACGAGGCCUCACAGACGAGGAGAUCCAUGCUGAGGCCAACACCUUCAUGUUCGCAGGUCACGACACGACGGGCAGUGCGAUUUGCUGGACGUUGUAUAAUUUAGCACGACACGAGCCCUUUCAGGAGCAGUGCAGGGAGGAAGCGAGGGAUCUGAUGCAAGGACGAGACGGACAUGAAUUAGAGUGGGAGGAUCUGUCCAACCUUCCCUUCACCACCAUGUGCAUCAGAGAGUCUCUCAGGCUGCACGCUCCUGUGCAGGCUGUGACAAGGAAGUACACCAAGGACAUGACCCUGCCAGGGGAGCGGACGGUACCAAAGGGUGUCAUCUCUUUGGUCAGUAUUUAUGGGACACAUCACAACCCUGCUGUUUGGACAGACCCACACGAGUUUCAACCUCUGCGCUUUGACCCUGCAAACACAGAGGGACGGGCUUCUCAUGCCUUCAUUCCCUUCUCCUCGGGCCCCAGGAACUGUAUUGGUCAGAAAUUCGCCCUGGCGCAGCUUCGAGUCGUCGUAGCGUUGACCCUGCUCAGGUUUCGCCUGACCCCGGGAGUGAACCCUGAACUCGGGACCAGUUCCGGGGGAGUUCGGCGUCUCCCCCAACUCGUCCUGCGUGCCGAGGGAGGUUUGUGGGUGCAGCUGGAGCCUCUGACCUUGCACAGCCUGGAGGAGUUGCAGGAGGAAUAAAUCUUGUCGCUUGA